UGCCUACCAGAUAAGCCGUCAGUCGCAGCUGAUAUAUACCCCCAAAUACCGAUCGCAGAAACAGCGGGAGUAGCGAAAUCGAAACCCUACACUUUCAGAAUCUGCUUGUCCGAAAUUACAUCCGAUUUGGAUUCUGAGAAAGAUAUACACUGAAGCUACGGUAUCUGGGGGGUUUUUGGUAGGAGAGAUGCAGCGGCCGAAUCGGUUCUUGGAUCGAUCGAAUUCUGUGCUGAUGAGAGAGAAGCGAGGGUUGGAUACGACUGAUGCUGAGGAGCCGCCCGAGCCGAAGAAGCAGAAGGUUCCGGCGCUUGCGAGCGUAAUAGUGGAAGCUCUCAAGGUGGACAGUCUACAGAAACUUUGCUCAUCACUGGAGCCUAUUCUCCGUAGAGUUGUAAGUGAAGAAGUAGAGCGCGCUUUAGCAAAAUUAGGCCCUGGCCCUGCUAGACUUGGUGGGAGGUCUUCCCCAAAACGAAUAGAAGGGCCCGACGGAAGAAACUUGCAUCUGCGUUUCAGGUCAGGGUUAUCUCUUCCUCUCUUCACUGGAGGGAAAGUAGAAGGGGAGCAGGGUUCUGCGAUUCACGUGGUGUUGCUUGAUGCGAACACUGGCCGUGUCGUAACGUCUGGGCCAGAGUCAUCUGUGAAACUAGACAUUGUCGUGCUUGAAGGCGACUUCAACAAUGAAGAUGAUGAUGACUGGACUCAGGAAGAGUUUGAAAGUCAUGUAGUGAAAGAGCGUGAAGGAAAAAGACCGCUGUUGACCGGGGACUUGCAGGUUUCCUUGAAGGAGGGCGUAGGAACACUUGGAGAACUCACAUUCACUGACAAUUCGAGCUGGAUACGAAGCAGAAAAUUCCGACUCGGCCUGAAAGUUACCUCCGGCUUCUGUGAGAGUGUUCGAGUUCGUGAGGCAAAAACAGAAGCUUUCACUGUUAAGGAUCACAGAGGCGAAUUAUACAAGAAACAUUACCCGCCUGCUUUGAAUGAUGAGGUGUGGAGAUUGGAAAAGAUUGGCAAAGAUGGGUCUUUCCACAAGCGGUUGCAUAAGGCUGGGAUUGUCACUGUGGAAGACUUUCUUCGGAUUGUAGUCAGGGAUCCUCAAAGAUUGCGGAAUAUCCUUGGAAGUGGCAUGUCGAAUAAGAUGUGGGAGGUCCUUCUAGAGCAUGCGAAAACUUGUGCUCUUAGUGGGAAGCUUUAUGUUUACUAUCCCGACAACACGAGGAACACUGGUGUUGUUUUCAACAAUAUCUAUGAGUUGAGUGGCCUUAUUGCAGGCUUACAAUAUUAUCCUGCUGAGACUCUUUCUGACAGUCAGAAGGUCUAUGUGGAUACAUUGGUAAAAAAGGCGUAUGAUAACUGGAUGCAUGUUGUAGAAUAUGAUGGCGGGGCACUUUUGAACUCAAAACAGGAUAAGAGGGUGAGCACUUCCCGAGUUGAAGUCCCAGUGGAACCCCCAGAUUAUACUCCCUCCUUUAAUCAACAAGUCUCUAUACCACAUCUGCCAUCUUCGGUUCCUCCAGAGCAUGCUUCCAUGGAUUCAGGAAUAAAUGUUGGGGGAGCCACAGGGUAUGUUGAGAACACGUCAUUUGGGCGGCAGAACCAGAUGAUGAGCUCCUCCCAUCAAAAUCAAGUCACAAGAAACGAUAACAUGGUUGGGCUUGCACUGGGCCCACCACAAUCAUCUGGCAUGGGGUUCCAGUCUAUAGGCCCAUCGGUCAACUCAUCAAAUCUCAAUUCGUACGAUGACUGGCCCCGCCAGCGUGACCACAGGGUGGUCGACGAUUUCUUCUCGGAGGAUGAGAUCCGCAUGAGGACCCACGAAAUGAUUGAGAAUGAAGAUAUGCAGCACCUGCUACGCGUCUUCAGCAUGGGUGGGAGCAACGUUAACAUGUCCGAAGAUGGUUAUGUGUAUUCUUCGUACAUGCCAACACCACCGACAAACUACGGCUUUGAUGAGGACCGUGGCCGAUCGGGGAAAGCUGUGGUAGGAUGGCUCAAGCUCAAGGCUGCUCUGAGGUGGGGAAUCUUUAUCAGGAAGAAAGCAGCUGAGAAGCGAGCUCAGCUUGUCGAGUUGGACGAUUAGCAGAGUGGGCUGGCAGAUGCUGUGGUAUUGGGCACGUCUUCCUUGGCCUGGUGUGAUGGCUCAGCAUAUCUGCGGCAGGCCCUCAGUUUAAUCAAAAGCAAAGGCUGUAGGAUUCAACUCAAACUAUCAGAUCCUGGCUUCGGGGAUAUGCUUUUGCUCGGCUUCUACUAGUGUUGGGAUUCUGAUCGAGCUGGGUUUAUUCAGCUAUACAGCCAUUGGAUGCUGCUGGAGACCCACUUGUACAAUGCUCGCCUGUACAGUAAUGUUCUUCCUUUAUCAACCCUUCUUGUUUUCUUAUUAUGAUUGUGUUUCUAUUUGCAUCCAUUCUGGUUUUUAUGAAAGAUUCUCGAGUUGGGUUCCAUAUUAGUGAUAUACUCAACUCUGGUAUUGGUUUGUAUCUGAAUGAAUGACCCCGAGAUGAAAGGCAUGAUGACGCUGGGUCUGUUUUUAUAAGAGUGGUGAAUUGUUGUUAAAGAGGGGUUUAUUCUACCAUUUGUACCGAUUGUUUGUGAUAAGAUAUUCCCCUCA